ACUCGUAGUAGCAUGGUUGGUUUGUUGCAUCACGCCAAACAGGAAAAAUUUCCAGUCCGAACCACAACGUCCGCGGAUUCGUGAGUUUUACUUAAAACUGUCCAUUUAUAGCAGCAGCCAUCAUGCCACGCAGAAAGCCAAUCACCAAACUGGGCGUCUUUGGAAAAUGUGACCUAAAUCCGGAACAGGCGGUAGAAAAUUACUUUGAGUCGAAAUUGAACAACAAGUGUUACGUUAACGUUCCGGGAUGGGAUGUCGCUCGCAACGGGUUCGAGCUGAAGGGCAUCCACAAUGAUCGUGAGUACAUGGAAAUCACCAAGGAACAGCACCGGAUGCGCGAGCAAGCCCAGCGGCAGGUGCUGGUGAACCGAAAGCGGUUGGAGCAGACGACCGAGCUGCUGCAGCGAAUGCGGGCCGAAUUUGUUGAGCUGAACGAUUUCCUUAAAGAUUGCGAGAUGAAGGAACAAACUGCGCUCGAUACGGUCAAACGGGAAAAGGAAAAACACGAACAGUACGGACAAAGGAUUGCACAGCUCGAGACGGAUCUGGAAAAGCUGGACGAGUUCGUAAUGAAGUACGAGCAAACGAUCAACACCUUUGAACCGUUUGAGAAAGUUAUGGAACAGACAAUCGCCGAAUCGAAGAGCUACGACAAUAUGCAGGAUCUUAUUCAGCGCUGCGAUUCGCUGCUGCUGGCGCAGGUAGAAAUUUCCGCAGUGGAGCAACAAAAGAUCCAGGAAAUAGAGGAAAUUCGUCAAAAUCUGUUCAAGGCAACCAAGACGGCACUGCACAUCAUCACCGGUUUGAAUAAUGAUCUGUCGGAGCUGCUGACCCAAUACGUUGCCGCCAAGGAGGAGGGCCUGCGUUGGGAGAAAUCGGUCACCGUCGUCAAAAGCUACAUGGUGGAGAACGAGUCGAGCAUCAACUGUCUGCUGGACGCGAUCAACCACGUGUACAUGCUGCUGCGCAAACGGCGCGGUUCCGCACCGACCGCACCACGUGGCGACGUCGAAACGCAGCUGGACCACAUCAAGGAGGAGAUCGAGAUUCUGCACGAUGUGCGCAAGCAGGCGGCUGCCAAGCUGCACAACGAUGGGCACAGUCUGUGCGGGGAGAAGGGAACGGAGCGGCGCAAAACGGCACUGUAAUUCGGACACAACACACACACACACACGUCGGGCACACGUCUGCUGGAGGUUUGAGUUUGACAACUUUGAGUUUAUUCAUUUGUAGUUUUCGCGCUUAUUAUUAUUGUUUUCUGUUCUGUCUUUCACUAAGUGUUUGUGUGUGUGUGUGUGUGUGCGUGUGUGUGUUUACUCAUAGAUGAAACGAUAGCAUUUAAUUUUUAAUCAACCAGUGUACUAGUCAGUAGUAGUAGGGUUUUUCGAGUUUCUGUUCUGUGUUUUCUUCCUCGUUUGCGUUCACUUUCUUUCCG